GAAACACCUUGUCGCCAUAAGGAAUUUGUUCGCGCUACAUCACACAAAUGGCUGACGGAGCUGCCAUCGAGGCUCCCUUUACUCUCGCCUCCCUUCCCAAACCCUUCGAUUCCACUGUCGGAACAACCUUUGCCGCCCCUGUAUUCGGACUCCGCGCCCAAAAAUGGAGAAAGAGACCUGAGAUUGUCGCAAGUGUCGACGGAGACAGCAUCACCAUCUACAAUGUGCGUAAUCCGCGCCUGGUAACGUCGUAUGCUCUUCCUCCUCAGACUCGUCUUCUUUGUGCGCCAUGCUCCAUCUACCGCAAGAUUACGGGGCGCAAAGCCGCACAGAGAGUAACAUACGCUGUUCUUGGUCACACAACUGGAAAGAAGACCGAGGUCGUUUGCUUCACCGAGGACACAAUCGCCGACUCGACCGACCUUUCUGCCGACCAGCAAGUCAAGACAAGCUACCAACUGCCCACCUCGACCAGCACAGUCUUCGCCGUCCACGCUCUUGCUUCACACUCGGAUAACGAGACUCUUGGACUUGCUCUGGACAUCGCUGUCACCUACGCCGAUGGAAGUGUCGAGUGUAUCGCUGGCGACCUUCAGCAGAAGAGAUGGGAUGCAGAUGCUGCUCAGACUAUAGUCAUGGCCGACUCUGACGCCGUGUCUUCGUCCGUCAAGGUCGAAUAUGCUACCGUCACUGAUGUGACUUCAGCUAAGAAGGGUCUGCUCAAGAGCAGAGAGGACGCUUUGGCCUUGAUCGGAGGUGCUGUCAGUUUGGACAAUUCGACCGAGCUCAACAUGCCACUUCUGGCUUUGGUCACCGUCGACGAUCAGAACAUCCGCCGCUUCAACCUCUUUUCUUUGCCUUCUAGAUCAAAAGACUUAAUCACUAGUGCUCACCAAGGUCUCCGUCAUCUUUUCAGCUACGAGCUACCAACCACGCCUUCUUCAGACAAGGCUACCUUUUCCCUGCAAUCAUCAGCUGGCAAAUUGCACCAGAUGCUUUCCGGUAUCAUCACCACUUACGACCUUUCUGGCACCGUCCCCCGAGUGCUUUCCGUUCUUACUCCUCAUACACAGGCUCACCAAAGCUUCGUCCGCAUUUCUGCCGCCCUUGUCCUUGCUGCUGAAUCUACCUCCUGUGCUAUCUACGACACCAAGUACAGCUCCUUGCAGGCUGCCUUGUCUCUCGAGAGUGAUCCUCUGGAGUCAGCUGGCGACAAGAGAAAGAGAACCGAUGGCGCUACUGAGGGAUCCCUGAACUUUGUCACUUUCUUUACUGACCUCGGCCUCGCGGUAGCCAUCUCUGGAAACGCCCUUGUUGGCUUGCAGAUCAACCUCUCGGCGACCGCCUACAAGAAGUCAAAAGCCAACACUAGUCUUCUCAUCAACUCUCUCGGCAAGGGUUCAAAGAAAGCACUUGUUGCUGCUCCAAACUCCGAACUAUCCUCUCAGGAAUGGCAGAGCUGGAAAGAGACCGUCGACUCUCUGGUCGACUCCGAUGUAGCCGCACUUGAGCGUUUCCUCGCAGCCGAGCUCGAAUUGGCUUCCACACCCAAACAACACAAACCAUCGGCCCCCAGUUCAGAAGAGCAGGAUGGUGAGGAUAACAGGAUGUGGCCUGUAAGAGACGCUCGGUUCCUGGUUCAGAAAACCGAAAGGCGCAAAGCGGUUUACCUCCUCAGCAAAAUGUUUGCUUGGAACGACACAACCAGGGACGAGCAGAGUUCUAUCUCUAUGAACUUCUUUACAGCGAACAUCUUCAGAUGGCUUGCCACUACUGGAUACAUUUCCGCCAUGGAAGUGGAGAGGGCCUUGCGUGAGACAGGCGCUAUACAGUCUACGGCUUCAAGAGUUCGUCCUGGCGACAUCAUGAGGGCAGUGAACGAACUUGACCCAGAGAUGCAUGUCAUGCACGAGUGGUUGAGCUGGCCCGUAUAUCUGGACCUCGAGGAAGUCAUCGUCGCUCUGGCGUCUCUUGUCAAGUCUCUCCAAGGACCAAGCCCCGCUGCAGUCGCUAAGCUCAUCACCAGCAAGAGUGAAGAUGCUAGCAACGAAUUGGAGACUGAAAUCCAAGUCGAGUCUGAAGCCGCAGAAGCCGAUCUCGAGUUUGCCUUGUCAGCUCUUGAUAAUGGUCUAAGUGUCCGCAGCGCCUCAUUCCGCACAGUUUUUACUCGUCUGCAUUCAUUCCCCUCCCGCAGCAUUGUCGAGACACUCCGCACUCACCUUGCACCCCGCGAGGUUGUGUUCUUCAUUCAGAUCCUUCGUAUUGAACUCGCAGACGGCGGUUGGACAUCUCGUUACACCGAUGUUGAAAUUGCCAACAGGCCCGAAGACGCAGGCUCACCCAGCGACCACUCAAUCGCUAUCAUCAGCAACCUUCUCAACUGUGCCAUUGACUCUAUUGGCACAUCUGGCUGGCUUGUUGGUCUCAGUGGAGACCCAGAACUCCAAACUGAUGAUAUGCUCGAGACACUCGGAGCGGAGACUAGUGCUGCUCUCGAGACAUGUAUCGAGGCUUGUAGCUUUGGUGUCUUCUUGAACGACUUUGAGCGUUUCAGCAACACAGUUCAAGCUUCUCAGAAACAGACGACGAUCAAGAAGGUCGACCCCAUCAAGACGCCUGGUUUCGAAGAGACUCCUCUUGCUGUGGAUCCUGUUCUUCCUCUGGGCUACAAGGCCCAAGGGCCCGCCAGUAAGAUGCGUAUGACAAGCACUGGUCAGGUCGAGAAGAGCAGGGGUCUUCGUGGUAAGGAGUUGUCUAUGCGUGUUGGCAAGUACUCUCUGGACAGAAUCGUUGUCUAAGCAUUGCAUGGAGUAGACUACAUGGAUGGAAAAGAUUUAGCUGUAUUUACUUAGCGAGGAGUCACUGGAUAGGAAAAUCAUUGUUUCUCAUAUGCAUCCAUUCAUCUUCUGACUCGUAACUUUCUAUAUCGCUACCCACUGCAUUUAUGGUCCAC